GCAGAUGGUCCCUUGGCGGCUUUGUUGAACCACAGCAGGGCUUCAGAAGAAAAGUUUCUUCAGGAUCUCCAGACCUCCCUCCUGACGAAGAAGAAGUCCAAGUGCUUUCGAACUUCUGAGUCGAUGGAGGAUGAGGAACUGGAAGUCAGAACAUCAACGAUUUCCUCGGGUUGCGCUUCCCCAAGCCGGGAGUGCCAUCGAGUCACGGUGAGCUUGUCCAGAGACACCAUGCUGCGACUGGCCUUUGCGCUCAUUUGUGCAGCAGAUGGUCCCUUGGCGGCUUUGUUGAACCACAGCAGGGCUUCAGAAGAAAAGUUUCUUCAGGAUCUCCAGACCUCCCUCCUGACGAAGAAGAAGUCCAAGUGCUUUCGAACUUCUGAGUCGAUGGAGGAUGAGGAACUGGAAGUCAGAACAUCAACGAUUUCCUCGGGUUGCGCUUCCCCAAGCCGGGAGUGCCAUCGAGUCACGGUGAGCUUGUGUGAGAAAAUGCAAGAAGAUAAGACAUGUCAAGAGCAAGACCCAUCUGUGGGGGUGGGUGGAGAAGGUCAGAUUGAGGGGGCUGGUCAGGCAGAUGGUCCCUUGGCGGCUUUGUUGAACCACAGCAGGGCUUCAGAAGAAAAGUUUCUUCAGGAUCUCCAGACCUCCCUCCUGACGAAGAAGAAGUCCAAGUGCUUUCGAACUUCUGGGUCGAUGGAGGAUGAAGAACUGGAAGCAGAUGGUCCCUUGGCGGCUUUGUUGAACCACAGCAGGGCUUCAGAAGAAAAGUUUCUUCAGGAUCUCCAGACCUCCCUCCUGACGAAGAAGAAGUCCAAGUGCUUUCGAACUUCUGAGUCGAUGGAGGAUGAAGAACUGGAAGUCAGAGAGAGCAUCAACGAUUUCCUCGGGUUGCGCUUCCCCAAGCCGGGAGUGCCAUCGAGUCAUGGUGAGCUUGUGAAGCUUGUGAGUCGUGACAGCAACGUAGAUCUGUCUUGGCCAGUCUUAGCUUUCAGCAUUGCUAUCGCAGAUGGUCCCUUGGCGGCUUUGUUGAACCACAGCAGGGCUUCAGAAGAAAAGUUUCUUCAGGAUCUCCAGACCUCCCUCCUGACGAAGAAGAAGUCCAAGUGCUUUCGAACUUCUGGGUCGAUGGAGGAUGAAGAACUGGAAGCAGAUGGUCCCUUGGCGGCUUUGUUGAACCACAGCAGGGCUUCAGAAGAAAAGUUUCUUCAGGAUCUCCAGACCUCCCUCCUGACGAAGAAGAAGUCCAAGUGCUUUCGAACUUCUGAGUCGAUGGAGGAUGAAGAACUGGAACCGGGAGUGCCAUCGAGUCAUGGUGAGCUUGUGAAGCUUGUGAGUCGUGACAGCAAC